AUGGCUUCUAACCUACACCCUGCAGUCACAGUUUCGAACUUCAAACAACUGUUUCCUGUCACCCUUGAUUUCGAAACCAGCCACUACACAACAUGGUCGGAGCUUUACAAAAUACAGUGCAAGGCUUAUCAAGUCUUCGAUCACCUUCAGCCGAAACCCGCAACAUCUUCUUCCGGAACAGACAACGGAUCUGACAAAGACAAAGACGCGGCCCAAACCGAGUCUUGGGAGCGGCUUGAUUCUAUAGUUCUGCAGUGGAUAUAUGGUACUAUUUCUACUAAUUUGCUUCACACCAUUCUCAAACCUAACACUACGGCUUAUGAUGCUUGGACGGCACUCGCCAAUCUUUUUCAAGAUAAUAAAGCUACCCGUAUUAUUGAUCUAAACAACAAGUUUGCUAAUACCCGCCUUGACCAGUUCUCUUCAAUGUCAGCAUAUUGCCAGGCCAUGAAGGUCAUCUUCGACCAAUUAACGAACGUUGGAUCUCCGAUAUCCGACGAGCAGCUUGUUUUACAGAUUCUCACCGGGUUGACAGAACAAUAUGAAGGAAUCGGCCUCCUCAUUCAACAAACCAAACCCCUACCAGAUUUCUAUGAAACCAGGUCCCGUUUGUGCAUGGCCGAAACCUAA